GUCAUCUCCUGUACUGUCCGCAGUCUCUGUACUUCUGGUGUACUGUGUCCGCAGUCUCUGGUCAUCUCCUGUACUGUGUCCGCAGUCUCUGGUCAUCUCCUGUACUGUGUCCGCAGUCUCUGGUCAUCUCCUGUACUGUGUCCGCAGUCUCUGGUCAUCUCCUGUACUGUGUCCGCAGUCUCUGGUCAUCUCCUGUACUGUGUCCGCAGUCUCUGGUCAUCUCCUGUACUAUGCAGCAGUCUCUGGUCAUCUCCUGUACUGGUGUCCGCAGUCUCUGGUCAUCUCCUGUACUGUGUCCGCAGUCUCUGGUCAUCUCCUGUACUGUGUCCGCAGUCUCUGGUCAUCUCCUGUACUAUGUCCGCAGUCUCUGGUCAUCUCCUGUACUGUCCGCAGUCUCUGGUCAUCUCCUGUACUAAUGUCCGCAGUCUCUGGUCAUCUCCUGUACUAUGUCCGCAGUCUCUGGUCAUCUCCUGUACUGUCCGCAGU